GCGCACGCGCGCUGGGAUCCGGCUCGGGCGAGCGCGCGGCCGACGACUGCUGGUGACUAGUAUGCAGAUACUCACACCCUGACCUGACAGCCAGACUACUGACAUGGCCCACCGGGGUGGGGAGAGGGACUUCCAGACUUCAGCUCGGCGGAUGGGUACCUCCCUGCUCUUCCAGCUCUCAGUGCACGAGCGGGAGCUGGACCUCGUCUUUUUGGAUCAUAGCUAUGCUAAACCAUGGAGUGCCCACCCAGAUGCCAGUAGUGCCCGCCCCACCCGCUUGCUCUUUGUAACUCCCCGUCGGCAGCAGGAGAAUACUAUCGAAUCAGACGUUCCAAUAGAUGUGGAGACGGUCACGGCAAUUCCUGUACCACUCUAUGACAACCAGAAGGCACGGAGUGUGAUGAAUGAGUGUGAACGGCACGUUAUCUUCGCCAGGACAGAUGCAGAUGCUCCUCCUCCCCCGGAAGACUGGGAAGAGCAUGUCAACAGGACUGGCUGGACAAUGGCUCAGAGCAAGCUAUUUAACAAGAUCCUCAAAGCCCUGCAGUCUGACCGGCUCGCCCGACUGGCCAACGAAGGGGCUUGCAAUGAGCCUGUGCUUCGUCGUGUCGCUGUAGACAAGUGUGCAAGGAGGGUGCGACAGGCUCUGGCAAGUGUAAGCUGGGACACCAAGCUGACCCAGUGGCUCCAUACCACCCUUGUGGAGACCCUGAGUCUGCCCAUGCUGGCUGCUUAUUUGGAUGCUUUGCAGACACUGAAAGGGAAGAUCCCAACCCUGAUCGACCGGAUGCUUGUGUCGUCCAACACUAAGACAGGGGCCGCAGGGGCAGAGGCCUUGUCGCUCCUCCUCAAGAGGCCCUGGGACCCUGCUGUCGGCGUGCUUUCUCAUAACAAGCCCAGCAAGCUCCCGGGCUCUCCCUUGAUCCUCAUCGCCUCCUCUGGACCCUCCAGCUCUGUGUUCCCUGCCUCACGCCGCCAUCGCUUCUGGCAGUCACAGCUUUCCUGCUUAGGCAAGGUCAUUCCUGUAGCCACGCAUCUGCUGAACAACGGUAGUGGAGUGGGAGUUCUGCAGUGCCUUGAGCACAUGAUCGGAGCGCUGAGGAGCAAAGUGCUGGAGAUUCACAGCCAUUUCCCACACAAACCCAUCAUCUUGAUUGGAUGGAGUACAGGAGCUGUGGUGGCCUGUCAUGUGUCUGUGAUGGAGUACGUCACUGCGGUUGUCUGCCUUGGGUUUCCUCUGCUUACUGUGGAUGGCCCCCGGGGGGAUGUGGAUGACCCUCUCUUGGACAUGAAGACUCCAGUCCUCUUUGUCAUCGGUCAGAACUCUCUACAGUGUCACCCCGAAUCCAUGGAGGACUUCCGGGAGAAGAUUAGAGCGGAAAACAGCUUGGUGGUGGUGGGGGGAGCGGAUGACAAUCUCAGAAUAAGCAAAGCAAAGAAGAAAUCAGAAGGGUUGACUCAAAGCAUGGUGGACAGAUGUAUUCAGGAUGAGAUCGUGGACUUCCUGACUGGGGUGCUCACUCGUGCUGAAGGGCAUGUGGGAUCUGAACCUAGGGAUCAGGAUGCUGAGAAGAAAAAGAAGCCCCGGGACUUGCCCCGAAGAGACUUGGCCUUUGAAAUUCCCGAGCGAGGCAGUCGACCUGCUUCCCCAGCUGCCAAGCUCCCUGCCUCCCCCUCAGGCUCAGAGGAUCUCUCCAGUGUGUCCAGUAGCCCCACGUCCAGCCCUAAGACCAAAGUGGCCACUGUGACCUCUGCCCAGAAGUCCAGUCAGAUUGGGACUUCCCAGCUGCUGAAAAGACACGUACAGAGGACAGAAGCUGUGCUGACCCACAAACAAGCCCAAGCACAGUUUGCUGCUUUUCUGAAACAAAACAUGCUGGUGAGGAAAGCUUUUCCUCCCGGCGCCUCCUCCUGUCUCUUUGUUCCUAUUUCAUCAGAGCCCAUGGAGGAGCCAGAGAAGGAGGAGCUUAGGGUCCAGCUGAAGCGGUACCACCCUUCCAGUCCUCUUCCUGGCGCAAAGCCUUCCAAGCGACCAAAGAUCAAGGUGUCCCUCAUCUCCCAGGGGGAUGCGGCUGGAGGGCCUUGUGCUCUCCCUCAAGGUGGAGCACCUGAAGUUGCAGGGGGGAAACCCAUCACCAUGGCGCUGGGAGCUUCAGUGGGAGCCAAGGAACUCACGGGACUUCUCACCACAGCCAAGUCAAGUUCUUCUGAAGGCGGAGUUAUGGCCAGUGCAGCCCCAUCUGUGGCCCCCGGCAGUGCCACACCCAACGCCAUCCACACACUGCAGAGCCGCCUGGUGGCCACGUCUCCUGGCAGCUCCCUUGCAGGAGCCGCUUCAGCCAGCAGCCUCCUCCAAGGCCUCAGCUUCAGCUUACAGGACAUUAGCAGCAAGACCUCUGGCCUCCCAGGAAGUCCCUCCCCAGGGCCAGCUCCUCAGGCCACCAGUGUGAAAUUGCCAACCCCCAUGCAGAGCCUGGGUGCCAUCACCACGGGCACGAGCACCAUUGUCCGGACCAUCCCUGUGGCCACCACUCUCUCCUCCUUGGGUGCCACGCCUGGUGGGAAGCCCACUGCCAUCCACCAGCUGCUGACCAAUGGGGGCCUCGCUAAGUUGGCAAGCAGUCUACCUGGCCUGGCUCAGAUUUCUAACCAAGCAUCAGGCUUAAAGGUCCCCACCACCAUUACCCUGACACUCCGUGGCCAGCCAAGCAGAAUCACCACCCUAAGCCCUAUCGGCUCAGGAGCAGCACCAUCCGAGGAGCCCACCUCCCAGAUUCUGCCCUCUAGCUCACAGCGCCUGCCUCCAGCACCGUGAAUGAGCCAGAGAUAGGCCCUCCUUACCAGGUUGGUGACAGCUGCCUCAAGGUGAACCGUGUGGUCCUGCUGAGCCGUCUGAGUGUCUGAAGACAUCCCCAAGACAGUUGUUUUCACCUCUCUACCAGCUGUCUGUGGGGCUGGGCCUCUGGGCCUGAGAGAGCCUUAGGGUGGGUGAUACGGUGCCAGCAAGGGGCGUGCUAUCCAGGGCCAGCAAGUGGGUUCCUGGAAUCCCCAGCAGGACUGGCCAUGUGUGGAUUGUUGGCGUUCUACCCUAACACUAAUGCAGUUUGACUCCGCUGUCAGUGUGGAGCUGCUCACUCAAGUUUCCGGUGAAGGCAGGGGGAAGUGGGCUGCUAGCGCUCAGCCCUUCAGCUGCCGGGGAAGAGAGGAACGAUGGUUCCAGGCCCCCUUCUCUGGUGCAUGUCCUGUACCAGAGAGGCUGUAGGUACAGAAAUACUGAAGGUGAGGGAUGGAGCAGCCCGAGGGAAUGGUUGGCAAGACAACACCCCCAGACCUGAUGCUGAUGGCGCUUUGGGCUGGGGACUCUGCAUGACACUUGACCUAAGAUUAACUAGAGAAGUGGGAAUAGCCAAGUCAGAGGGAGCCUGGAGCCGCCUGUGGUGCCUGGUGCUGAAGCAGGUUGACAGCUACCAUGCUGUCCCCGCUGUUUAGGAAGGUGGGGCUGUGCUUCAGAGUUCGUUUCCUUUCCUUAGAACCUUGUCUCCCUACUUAGCGCUAGGAAGGGUGUAGCGGCCACUGUGCGAGGCUUGGUGCCGGCCAGAACCUGCUGUGACACUGCUGUGACACUGCACAGGUAGCCUGGACUCUGGUUCUGAAUUUGUGUUCCAGUGCAGGCUCCUUUCCUUUUCAUGUGUAGAACGUUCCCUGAAGAGAGAAGUAAAGUAAAGCUACGCCAAAGCCUCCCACUUGUAAUCUGAGUGGAGCGUGGUGCUGAGGAGCGUCAGGUCAGAGGUGUGGUAGCAGUGGAGAGCGGCCCCAUCCUCGUGUGCACACCCCUGCCUGCGCUGUGAUGCUGCAUGCACAGAGCCUCACAGUGGGCUGCAUUCUGAAAGUCAGAGGGCGUUCAGUGACGUUGAGAAGGUAUGAAAUCUGGAAGAGGCCUCCAGUGCGGCCUUCCAGGCCUCCAGAAGCUCUGUAGCUCAGAGCAUAUAACCACCAGGAGAGAGAGGGUGAGGUGGGCUCUGAAACGCGGAGGGAUAUUUAGGUUGGCAGAGGGCCCUGAACAACCUUAGGACUUAGGAGAACCGCUUGAACAACACUGGAGGGGCUGCUCCUGAAAGCUGCUGCCCUUGUGUUCUGGAACCAAAGAAAGCGUGUACUCUGCUCUGGUGGUGGUCUGUGUGCAUCCCAUGGGUGACUUCUGAGGCAUGGCCUGUAUACCUUGAGGAACUGCGAAACUGGGGGAAGGGACAAACAACACACAUCUUCACCUUGGGGACUGACCGACAAGGGAGUGGCUGGAACCUGUAGGUCACACUCCUCAGAUCCCAUCUUGUGGCAGGCUUGAGGCUUCGCCUCAGAAGGUAAUACUCGUAUGGAGUAUGUAGAUGGAUCAGGAAGGCUUUAAAUUCUCGGGCAACAGAUGUAUUGUAAAUGCCCCAUGGAGGAUGUCUGUGGCUUUGAGAAGAGGUCACAGGGACAGAGACUUGUCCACCUUUGGUUGUAUCACUAUAUUAAUUUGGAGGUGUAUGAAUUCAUAAAAGUGAGCCAUAGUGAUGGCUCUGAUCUUAUGUUAGCAAAAAGAAUAAAAAAAAAAA